CCGACACCCCGGGGCACGAACCGAUCCGACGCGACCGCCGCGACGAAUCACGUGUCAUCGAGCGCCCGCGCGCGAUCUCGUCCCCCAAAACAAUUACAUAACCUCACUUUCAACCCCCGUCUCUUGUGUAUGUACGCACGCUCGCGCGCGCGCACUCGCGCGUCCUCAGUCCGCUCCACUCCGCGUCGUCGCAAAGUCGCCCAAAACGGAUUCCCUCUUCACCUCCCUCUCGCUUUCUCUCGCUCGUCGUGUCGCUGUCACGCCGGAUGCUCGCGCGCGAUCGUCCACGGCGACGAGAAACGACCGAAACGUAGACGCGUGCGAGGCCGCGCUUCGAGAUCGUUCCUAGCGAACUCGCGGUGCCAUUAACAGAAACUGCGAGUAGGGUACAACGACGGGAACAUACAUCCCGUUCAAACAGCGAACCGUAAUUGCUGCCGCCGCGACGUAACCGCCCUCCGAUGGCGACGCGGGGAACCAGUUAAACCACCGCGCGGCGUCCAACCGCCGAUCGCCUUCGCCCAACGUGGCGUCACCGCUCGGUGGACGUCGGUACUGCGAGCGGCCAGGUGUCGGUCCGAAGCAAACAGACCUCGUGCUGUUUUCCGCACUUGCGACUUAUGACGUCAGCGCUACGCCGACGCGAGGAGGACGCACGAUACACGUGACAAGUUAUUCAUCCGAUGACGUAUGAUUCGAUUGACUAUUGCGGUGUAAUCGGCUCGUUGAAAAAUUUAUGUCGACAAUGACGUAAAGGCACAAAGUACCUCGAUCGAUCGAACACUAGCAAGUUUUCGAAGCCUGUGAGAAUCUUGCGCACGUGGUAAACGAUAAUUCUAGAUGGCUUCAGAUGCAAAAAGGAUAAUUCCAGGAGAGAUAAAACCUAAAACUAGACUGCCAACCAUAUCAGGCACGAAACCUUCUUUAAGAAAUUCACAGUUGCUCAUUUCAACAGGGAUACCUUCCUUAGACAGUACGAUAGGCGGAGGUUUACCUAUUGGCUCGAUACUUUUAAUUCAGGAAGACAAGUACGGCUUUUACGCUAAAAUCUUAUUAAAAUAUUUUAUGGCUGAAGGAGUAGUCAUUUCUCAGCCUGUACUAAUUGCCUCUCAAGAUGUCCAACCUUCUCAACUUGUGUCGGGAUUACCUGCAGUUGUAGACGAUUUAGAGAAACAUACAAAACCUACAAAUAAUGUAGACGAGCCAAUGAAAAUAGCUUGGCGAUAUCAGAAUAUGAAAGUGGUAGAUCCAACUCCUGCGGAAGGUCAGACAUUUGGUCAUUAUUAUGAUCUCACAAAACCGAUGCAGCAGGAUCUCUUAGAACGUGCUGACAUAAAACAAUGGCAAAAUAAUGAGGAAAUGACGCUGGAUAAGAAUAGUAAAUUUGAGAACGCUGCAUAUACUGACUUAUUAUGCACCAUCGAGAGAACUUUACGCGAUGGACAACAUUUUCUCUCUGAAGCACCGGAUGAAGAAACGAAGAUUUUAAGAAUCGCGAUUCAUUCUCUGGGAUCAAGAUUAUGGCUUAGUGACACGGAGAAAGAUUCGAAUCGUGACCUGUUAAAAUUUGUAUAUUGCUUCAGAGCACUUUUAAGGCAAUCCUAUGCGGUCGGCGUAUUAACUAUACCAGUUAAUAAUUUCGAUAAUACUGAUAACGUUAUCGAGAGACUUGAGCAUUUGUCGGAUAUAGCGAUUGGAUUAGAAUCGUUUGCGGGGUCUGCAAAAGAAAUCAAUCCAUUAUUUAAGGACUAUCACGGUCUUUUAUACAUUAAGAAAUUGUGCGCGUUAAAUGGCUUAUCACACGGCAGUUCGCAAUACAGAGAUCUAGUAUUUAAAUUACGCCGUAAAAAGUUCCUCAUAGAAGUUUUAUAUUUGCCGCCCGAAUUUGAGGAUACAACACAACGAGAGCAAGAUGAGUCGGUAACAUCUAGCGUUGGAUGCACGAGUGGAUCUCAUAAAAGUGCACUUGAUUUCUAGGUUCAUGAAUUUUAUACGAAAUUAAAUGUGAUAAUUUUAAUGUAUAUUUUUUAUUGAGAACAUUAAAUUCCUAUUUUGUUAAAA